AUAUAGCUGCAAAUUAUUUCGAGAUGAUGACAAGGCGAAAAUGAUUGAUCAAGGAAAGCAUUUGAUACCAUGGAUGGGCGAUAGCACGUUGAAAAUAGACAGGUUUCUGCAGGUGUCUUGGCUGCUUGAACGCAGGCGGUGUGGAAGCGCGAUAUAUACGCGCUCUGCACGGCCGUAGAGCAACGUGCUCUCAUGACGUUGGUGUUUGUGGCUGACCGUCGGCGCAGCAGCAAGGUGAGACACAGCGUAGAGAGACAAUCGGCAGCUGACGAUUGUAGGUGUACUACAAUCGUUCAGCAUGGUAUGUAUUUUAGCGUUCUAGAAUCGGGCGUACCGAUAUAUGUACGACGUAUAUAACGACGCAGAACGCGUUUCCUGUUGUUCGCUACUGCUUCUGGAUCCGUUACUAAAAUUGAACGGUACAAUACAAUCGAGAUCGAUCAUCGCGAAACUAGAGAGAGAUAACGGUCGUACAUGUAAGACGUUUCGUUGUUGAUCGAACAAACGCGACGAGAGAGAUAUAAUCGUUUCGUGAGAUCGGUUAUUAAAAAUUUCUAUCAAUAUUCUUAUAUCUUCGUAAUAGAGUUUGAAUGAAUGAAUGUAACAACAAUUUUAUCGUUAUCGUCGUUGUUACCAUUUUAUAAUUUCGAUAAUUUGUAUUGACAAUUUUUAAACGUUGAUUUCCAUCGAUCAUGAUAAUGAGAAAACAAAGAUACAAAGAUACAAACGGGAUGAAUUAAUUAAAAAAAAAAAGAAAAAAAAGAAAAAAAUAUGUGAUCGAGUAUGGAGUAUAAUUGUAUUCUAUUUCAGAGAAAUUUUGACUUUGACUCAAGCAGGGUUCGCUUCGUGACAUUAAUUUCCAGAUGCCGCAAUCGGGCAAAUUCUCCGAAAUAUGCAUACCAUCUCUUCUACCUUUAAAUUGAUUUAUGUAUGUGUAUAGAUACGAUGGACGCGGUGCUCUGGGGGACUUGCGGAUAUACGAACCACCGACAGGUGGGUUCGAUCAACGAACGAUCUUGACGGAAGAUGAAAUAAAAGUGGAACAAUUAUGCGACGAAGAGCGGUAUCGGUCUCUUUAUAAUAAUGAAAUGGAAGAUUCCGUUUAUCACGAGGAAGAAAUGAAACGAUUGCAUCAAGCUUUGGAUUCCGAGAAUACGUACAGUCAAGUGGCAUACGAUUACAACGAGGAGGGAAACGGAUCAAAAAUCGCGUGUGACGAUUCGCAGAGUCCGAAACGAUCGGAGGGUUCUCAAGAAGAAGAUCAGGCUUUCGUUCCACCGACCGAUCUAGAAAUUCCAGAAGGCAUUCCAUUGCCGGAAACGCAAAAACUGAAUGCCAUCAUAACAAAAACGGCGUUGUUUAUAAGUCGUCAAGGUGGACAAAUGGAGAUUCUGAUUAAGGCGAAGCAGGCGAAUAAUCCACAAUUUUCCUUCCUCUCGAUAGACGGGCGGCUUCAUCAAUAUUAUAGAUGUAUAUUGGACGCGAUCAAGAGUGGGAAAUAUAAUCCCGAGAAACAGCCGGAGAAGGAAGAAUCCGAACAAGAAGAAGGAUCAUCCGAUCAAGACGACGAACCGUAUCUUCAUCCGAGCUUGGCGUCAUCGUUCACCAAGAUCGAAGCGGCUCCCAGUAUACCGAGUAUACAAUACAAACCAUCGGCGGAUUGUGCUUAUUCGAUGCUUGUAAAUAAAAUAACCGGGAAACCACCACCGUCGAAAGCACCGGCCCAACAUUCCGAGACCACGAUUCAAUCGGCGACCGGUAUAGGAUAUUAUCAUCACGUGCCAGGACAAAGCUAUAAUGCUUAUUCGAAUACGGUUACGGGGACAGGGACGAUGACGGCAGCGGGGACAGGGAUGGCUACGACAGCAAUCACACCUGUACAGUAUUCCCAUGGCCCGGUGAUAUACGGACCGAAUGGACAGAUACAAUCGCCGUUGCAAAUCACUGUGGCGAAUAUACUGCCAUCCGCGAACGAAAUGGCAACGUCGCAAAUAACGACGAGUGAAACUCAGCUACCGUUGGUACCGUACGGAUCAACGUCUCAGAAACAAUUGAGCAGACCAUCUUUUAUCGUUCCACCGGCGGAUGUACAAAUAAUUAUCGACAAAAUGGCGAGUUACGUGGCGAAAAAUGGUAGGGAUUUCGAGGCGAUCGUGAAGAAUAAAGGAGACCCAAGAUUCAAUUUUCUCGAAUUGUCGCAUCAGUAUCACGGUUAUUACGCGCACAAGUUGACGAUAUACGAGGGCGCGGUAAAUCCGAAGGUAUUGACGGAGGAGGAGUUGUUGCAGAAACAGGAGCCCCAAGAGGAGAAGCAAAAGAAGUUGGAAGAAUUGCAGAAGAAGCAGCAAAGGAUGGAGGAGGUGCAGAAGAGGGUGAAGAUGAUACAAGCGAAAAAGAAGUGCGAGCCAAAAUUGAAAGAGACGUCGAUGACGGCGGCGGGGACAACGGCGGCGACGGCCACGACGGCAACGACGACGAUGACCACGACCACGGCUACGAUGUCGACGAUGACGACGACAACGACGACGACGACAACGACCGCCACGACGAUGACGACGACGACGACGGCGACGAUGACGACGACCACGACUACGACGACCAUGUCGACGAUGUCCACCGUGUCGAACAUGUCGACGACGAUGACGACAACGAUGAUGAUGAUGACAACGACGACCUCGACCACGACGACGACGACGGCGACGGCGACGGCGACCACGACGACGACGACGACGUCGACGACGACGAUGACGACAGCGGCGGCAACAACGACAGGGGCGAGCACGGAGGGUGUAAAGCAGAUAACGACGGUGUCGUUCUCGAUAAAGAAGCCAAAGGACGGGGAGACAGGGGUGAUCGAGAAGCGAAACGCACUCUUGUUGGAGGAGAGCGAUGAGGAUAUGGAGGAGGAGAGCAAAGAUGGAAAUUCGAAGCCGAGCUCGCCGCAAGGCUCGAACGAGCAAUGCACGCUCGUCGUCUCUCUCGGGUCGACGUCGGUGGAGAAGGAGGUCGGUGGAACGUGGAAGUCGGAGAAAAAGUGGAGGAACGAGGAAAAGGAAUUGGUAGAUCUGACGGACGAGAUUCUGGAGGAUUGCCAGAAAGAGAUUAGGCACAAGCAGGCGGAGGAUAGAAUCAAGGAUAAAUUGGUGGCGGCGGCGCGGGAUAAAUUGGCGGCCACCUCGAGGGAGAGGCAGCUUCAGUUGGAGAGGAAGAAGAAAGCGGCUGCGUUCCUCAGCCAGAUACAGAGUAGCGGUUUACCAAAGGGGAGCGGGGCAACGGCGGCUACCGCGAGUCAAACAGGGGCGAGAAAAGACGAUUCGGACGAGGUGCACUCCGUCCCGUCGCCCUCCCCCUCGCCGUCCUUGGAAGACGCAAAAUCCUCCUGCGACUCGAGGAGCACAGGUGGAAAUUCUUUAAUGGACAGAUUGAAGAGCGCCGAUUUGACCGGGAAAAGGUCUAGGCCGCGAUCGAGGAGUCCAAGCGGAAGUCGAAGUUACACAGAUAGGCAAAAGUUUCACAAGAAACAUAAAAAGAAGAAAAGUUCUCACAGAAGCAACCACGACAGUCCGAGCAGUUCUCGAUCACACAGAUCCAAGAAGAGCAAGAAGUCCUCUUCCAAGCAUAGGUCUCCGUCGCGAACACCGUCUCGAAGGCAUCAUCAUAGCGCGCGACGAAAGGGAAGCAACUCCUCGUAUUCGGAUUCGAGUUCAUCUUGAGAACGUGUUCUCCUCGUAUAUACAUACGCGCGUAAAAACUUAUCUACACAUACGGCACAUAUAUACAUACAUAUAUACGUGUACGCAUACAAGUUAUAUAUAAGUGUGCGUGUAAAUACGUAUGUAUACAUAGUUUCGAGGAUAUCUAUGUUGAUAAUUAACGAAUGCGUCGACGAUAAUCGAAGGGUUCGUAACAGAAACGAUCCUUCGGUCGUAUAAGGUUCACCUCGAUUUUCACAAGAUUCGAUUAGAUAUCAUUUCUUGCGCGAUGCAAUUAAAAAAAGAAAAAAGAAAAAAAAAAAAAAAAANAAAAAAAAAAAACGUGACAUUUUGUAAGUGAAAAAAAUGUAAAUUGAUGGAAAGAUGAAUCCGUUCUUCUGAAGAAGGAAACAAAUCGGCAAGGGUCGUUUUUGAUACGAAUCCCUUUUCAAUUUAAUAUAACUUUUGUCCAAUGAGAAAUAAAAAAAAAAAAAAAAAAAAAAAAAAAAAAAAAAAAAAAAAACCAACGGAAAAGAAAAAUGGAAGAAUAAAAAAGAAGAAAGUUUUAACAAGAUAUCGUACUGUUGAUCAGCUGUAAUUUAUUUAUUGCUUCUCCUUUAUCCGACUACGGAUAAUAUAAAUAUAACGCGCAAUUGAAUAAGAUAUAUAUAUACGAUAUAUAUAUAUAUACGAUAGAUACGAACAAAGAUGAAUCGAUGACACGGAAAUGCGACCCGAAUCAUCGUGAUUCAAUUCGUGAAAUCGAAACUAGAAAUCGAACUUGCAUCGAUUUUCGUAAUCGUAAACAUCUUGACAGCACCAUUCGAUAAUCGAUGUAUCGACGCGGUCCUCUUCGUCGCGAUGAAGAAAUCUAACCGAACGUAUCUAUUCUUUUUUUCUCUCUCUCUUUCUUUUAAAGUUCGGCAGAGAAACAAUCUUUAUUUUUUCCCCG